GUCGUAUAUGCGCGACAACGGCGGUCAGUCAAGAAAGCGAAGGGGAGGCUGGAGAGAGCUGUCAGACAAAUCCCCCUGGCAGAGGAUGGCCAGCUAAAUAAGUGGUCCUGAAAUAUCAUAGUAAUACAAACUGGCGUCACUGCUGUAAACAUUUCCUCGAUAUUCCCUGGAUGUGUUUUCAGCAUCGUAUGUAACACACUCAAGAGGAUCCAUGUCUUUUCUUCGUUGGGUAUCUGAGAAAUUGAGUGUGGAGAGCCUGCGGGAUUUGGACUUAUUUGGAGAGCAAGCUCAGGGAGUCUCUCACAGGAACGCCCAUGAGGACAGUCAGGAGAGUCUGAGCUCCCUCCCCCGUCGGGACACCAUGGGCAGCUUCCUGCCCGACAGCAGCUCAUAUGAGCUGCUCAACGUUAUUGGCCGGGGCUUGGACGACUUGUUGACUGUGAAUCUGGCUCGAUACAGACCCACAGGGGAGCACGUAGCCAUCCGACGGAUCGACUUAGAGUCGUGCACUAAUGACAUGGUCACCUACCUGCAGGGUGAACUUCACGUGUCAAAAUUAUUCCACCACCCGAGUAUUCUACCCUACAAAAGUGUCUUCAUAGCUGAAAAUGAACUGUGGGUCAUCACCCCCUUCAUGGCUUAUGGCUCGGCCAGAGAUCUGAUCUGCUCACAUUUCGCUGAUGGUAUGAGUGAGCAGACAAUCUCGUACAUCUUACUGGGCAUGCUGAAAGCUCUGGAAUACAUUCACCACAUGGGAUACGUGCACCGAAGUGUGAAGGCCAGCCACGUGUUGAUCUCGGCGGACGGGCAGGUUUGCAUGUCGGGCCUGCGGAGUAUUUUCAGUCUGAUCCGUCACGGUCAGCGGGCGAGGGUCGUGCACGACUUUCCUCAGUACAGCGUCAAAGUGCUGCCCUGGCUCAGCCCUGAGGUGCUGCAACAGAACCUGCAGGGCUACGACUCUCGGUCGGACAUCUACAGCCUCGGCAUCACAGCCUGUGAACUGGCAAAUGGACAUGUCCCCUUCAAAGACAUGCCAGCUACACAGAUGCUGCUGGAGAAGCUAAAUGGGACGGUGCCAUGUUUGCUGGACACCACCACUAUUCCGCCAGAGGAGCUGUCCAUGAAACCAUCCCGAUCCGGGGCCGACUCUGGGAUCUGCGAGGGUCCGGGAGCCGGAGGGGUCAGACACUCCAACGGAGGAGACCCGUCCUCCUCCUCGUCGGGGGGACACCCAUACAACCGAACGUUCUCCCAUCACUUCCACGCCUUUGUGGAGCUCUGUCUACAACGGGACCCAGAAAGGAGACCGUCUGCCUCCACUCUCGCAGGCCACCCCUUCUUCAAACAGAUCAAACGCCGGCCCUCGGAGGCGCUGCCCGAGCUGCUGCGCCCUGUCUCGCCCAUCACCAGCUUCUCGAGCUCCCAGCAACAGGACUCCCCCUCUGGACUGGCCAGCCUGGAGUCGGGUCUCAGCCACCUGGAGGUGGACGACUGGGACUUCUGACAGCGGAGGACUCUGUGCGGAUCCUAAACCCGUAGGAUUGUGACGGGUGAAAAAACACUCUGCGCACACAGGACGAGAACUGUUUUUUUUGUAAUAACCCCCACCCCCCACCCUUUGUAAAUUAUUCAAACCUGAAGCUAAAAGGACUUGCUGUUCUCAAGAGGUUAAAAAGCCAGCAGCCAUCUUGCCUCUUUUCGAUGUCUCUUUGCACGCUUCUGUUCUCUAGGUAUGCACACUCUUGCACUGCACUGAUGGCCUCUCUCUCUCUUUCUGUUUAACACACACGUUUACAGAUUGUACUCACACAUAACAAAGCCCCCCUGCAGUCCAAACACAACAGGACUCCUCUAAAUCUCAUGCUUAUGGAUGUAGAUGUAGCCUAAAGCGGAUCAGGGGGAAGCUGCUACAUAAUAUUCAGAAGGGGAGUCUCUACCUCUUGUUGGAACACGGAGGCUGCAUGUGGCCCAGCUGCUCAGUGUGACCACCAUGAGGGUUCCACAGCAGGCGCCACAGCCGACUCCGUUACACCUUCUUCACCAAAUGGAAAAGUUUUGACGACUUUGUCCCGGGGGGUCAGCAUAAAAAACGAUCAGCAUGUAACAUGCAUUUCUUCGCUCGCUGCCCGUGUUAUAGUGUAAACUACAUCUUGUGCUUUUACGCAUCACUUUCGCCACACAGAUGUGAAACAGAACACCUGCUUAGUUCGACCUUCAGGGCACAGACGUACGUAUUUCCUUGUUCUUACUCUGGGGUGCGUGAUGUUACUUUAGGUCAAAAAUAUGAAUGUUACAUUGGUGCUUGUUUUGUCUUGCAUGUAAUUUGACAGUGAGGACAAAGCAACGUGUUGAAAAAUGUUAAACUUGACUUUUAACAAUAAACAUUGUUCACAUAAAA